CCCUGGCGGUGCGGCCGUGUUUGCCUUCCGAUGUUCGCCUCUGCUUUUCUGCCUGAGUUUCCUCACAGGAAGACCACAUAAUAUUUAAUUUAAGUGUUAAUUAUAAUUUUUUUUUGUUAGUGUGAAUCGCAGGGGACUAACUGGGGUUUGUUCUGGCGCUUUUACACACAGCGGAACUCGGUGUCUGUAAAUGCAAAGCGCUCUUUGGUGAUAUUACAGAGAGCAUGGCGGCAGAGGAUAAACCUUGCGCAGAGUUCAGCCGCAUGGAAAUUGACUCCUUGACGCAAAAUGGACUGAAAGGGGACAAACCUCAGUUUUCUGCCACGUUGAGAAAGUGCUACGCCUUGUGCAGGAGGAAGACAUUUGCUGUCUAUGUGGCAUCCAAGAGGGAAGGAUCAUCCACCUCAUCAUCAUCAUCAUCAUCAUCAUCAUCUUCUUCUUCUUCUUCAUGGUGCUGCUGUGGCCAGACCUUCCAGGAAGCAUCCUCCAUCCACAAACAUGUGGCCAGGACCCACGAGGCUGAGAUCCGGCGGCGUGCAGACUCCACGUUCGAGCAGCUGUUGAUCCGGCUGGAGGGCGAAGGUGAGCCGCGGCCGCCGGGCCAGGAGGAGCUGCCCGACGUUUCCGCCUGGAUCCCCGACACCGGCCACCUCACCGAGCAGCAGCUGCAAAAGGGUCCAGGCCGGGUUCUCCUGUAUUACUGCUACCAUCAGGUUGAAGACCCACAUGUCAUCUGUGCCUGGCAGAAAGCCUUGUGCGAAAAGCUCCACUUGACUGGAAAGGUGAGGGUGGCAACGGAGGGAGUCAACGGGACGGUCGGAGGCACCGAGGUGGCGACAGACGUGUACAUCAAGGCGAUGCGCUCCCAUCCUCUCUUCAGCAUCAUGGAGGACGAGGAUUUCAAGACCAGUGCCGGCAGUGCAGAGUGUUUCUCAGAGCUAAAGGUGGGCGUCUACAGGGAGAUCGUCCCCAUGGGAGUGGAUCCUGAUGUCAUCUCCUACCGACUGGCAGGAGUUCACCUGGAGCCUGAGGAGUUUCACAGAGAAGUGGAGGCUCUUCUGUCUAAAGGGGAUUCGUGCAACGACACCAUCCUGCUGGACUGCCGCAACUUUUACGAGAGUAAAAUUGGGCAGUUCAGUCGCUGUCUGGCCCCGGACAUCCGGAAGUUCAGCUACUUCCCCGACUACAUCGACCAGAACCUGGAGCUCUUCAGGGACAAGAAGGUGCUGAUGUACUGCACCGGGGGGAUCCGCUGUGAGCGCGGCUCCGCCUACCUGCGCUCCAAGGAUGUGUGUAAGGAGGUUUACCAGCUGAAAGGCGGCAUUCACAAAUACCUGGAGCGUUUCCCCGAGGGAUUCUACCGAGGGAAGCUGUUUGUCUUCGACGAGCGCUACGCCAUUUCCUCCAACGACGACGUCAUCUCAGACUGCAGGUACUGCGGCGCGCCGUGGGACCAGUACCAGCUCUGCUCCACACACUUCUGCUGCCAGCUGGUCCUGUCCUGUCCCGUCUGCAGACAGGACGGACGCACCGCCUGCUGCCCCACCUGCCAAACCAAAGGACGGGCUCAGAGCGACGAGUCGACCCCGACGCCGCCGCACAGGGAGGAGUGUGAGUGCACCGUCCAGCGUCCCAGAAUCCCUCAGGAGGUGCAGUGACAGAGGCGUCGCAGCCUGAUGACGCUGGCAUCUACCAGACGAUCACUGCCUGUUUUGGAGUAACAACCCGGGACAUACAGACAGUCUGUGUUUUAAGCUUGUUCUCGUCUUUUUCCUGGAGGCUGGAAAUGAACAUGGAUAUUUAUUUGAGCAGUAUUUGUAAGUUCUCUUACAAACUGAUUGCUGGCCUCAAAGUUAAACACAUAUCUGAUCACUGUUGAAGUUCUGUAUUUAUUGUAAAAUAGUUACGUCGCUAAAAAUGGAAUCAUGCUGGUUUAUGAAAUAUUGACAGGUUAAUUUCAAGCCAGAUUUUUCCAAAACAAACACAUUUUUUUAAAGCGGACCCCUUGGUUUGUCUUUUAUGUGAUGAUGUGUCAGCUCCAUGUAUUGCAUUUUUACUGAAACUGGAGCGCCUCAACACCAGCGACAGCACAGUUCAAAGUGAAAAUGUGUAUUUUUGCCUUUAACUUUCCGUUUGUUUUGUUUAUUUGCACAAAUGAAAAUAUUGGGGGUGAGAAAAAAAAAAGAUUUACAGAUUGGAUACAGCAAAAUGCUUACAUCUCACCUCAGAAAUAUAAAUGGAUGAAAGAAUAGUGCCAAAACAAAUUGCAUUAACACUAUUUCAGGAAAAUGAAAUAUGUUGUAAUAUUACAUCAUAAUCAGCCAUCAGGUCUUAUCUAUUUUAACCUUUUAGAGUGCCUGGGUGUAUGGAAAUGUUUUAAAAUACCGGAAAAUGAAUUUUAACAACGUUAUGGUCCAAAUAAAUAUUUAAAAAACACAAAACAUCAAGAUUGUUUGGGAGAAAAGACUAGAAAUUCACCUCUGCUCUGUCAAUUACGCGAUGAUGCAGAGAAACAAUUAUAUACCACACAAGAGUAUUUACUGCCCAAAAUCUAAACUGUAAGAAGUCUGCUUUUAUUUUUGUUUUCAACUUAUACUGAUGAGCCGCAGAAAGGUCUAUUCUUGUUUUGGCAAGUUUAAGUUCUUGGUAACUGCUAAUGAUCAGACAGAUAAUUCAACAGGUAAAGUCUGAUAAGUUGCCUUUUCCAACAACUCCAGAAAUAACAGCAAGCCAAGAACAUGCAGACUUGAAACUGCUCUCUUUGUGUAGUUAUGAAUUUGCUCAUUAAAGUGACCAUUUUCCUUCGGUG